UAGUCAAAUUAUGUCAUGAGACUCAAGUUCGUGCCAAGAAGCUUAAAUUUUUGAGUGCAAUUUUCACCGCAUUAGACCAGCUGUGAUAAAAACUUCUCAUCAAGAUGAUCCACAGUCUUUUCAUAAUUAAUCCCUCUGGGGAUGUCUUUAUGGAGAAGCACUGGAAAAGUGUAAUAUCGAGGUCUGUGUGCGACUAUUUUUUCGACCACCAACGUAAAGCAUCGUCCCCAGAAGACAUCCCCCCGGUGAUCGCCACACCGCACCAUUACCUUAUCAGUGUUUACAGAAGUUCCAUGUUCUUCGUGGCAGUCUGCACGACUGAAGUUGCCCCUCUUUUCGUCGUUGAAUUUUUGCACAGGGUUGUCGACACGUUCGAAGACUACUUCAGCGAGUGCACUGAAUCCAUAAUUAAAGAGCACUACGUUGUCGUCUAUGAACUUUUAGACGAAAUGUUGGACAACGGAUUUCCUCUGGCCACGGAAUCGAACAUUCUGAAAGAACUAAUCAAGCCGCCCAAUAUCCUGCGAACCAUCGCCAACACAGUCACGGGCAAAUCCAACUAUUUCAGUGUCAGCUCCAUCCUGCCGAGCGGCCAGCUGUCCAACAUUCCGUGGCGCCGCACCGGCGUCAAGUACACAAACAAUGAGGCUUAUUUUGACAUGAUUGAAGAGGUCGACGCCAUCAUCGAUAAAUCUGGCUCCACCGUGUGCGCCGAGAUCCAGGGAUAUAUUGACUGCUGCAUCAAGUUGAGCGGAAUGCCUGAUCUGAGUUUGUCGUUUGUAAACCCCAGACUGUUUGAUGACGUCAGCUUUCACCCCUGCGUUCGCUUCAAGAGAUGGGAGUCAGAGCGAGUUCUGUCAUUCAUUCCGCCCGAUGGCAACUUCCGCCUGAUGAGCUACCACAUUGGCUCGCAAAGCAUCGUCGCCAUUCCCGUCUACGUCCGCCACUCACUCAGCCUGCGAGAAUCUGGAAGCGGGGGCCGUCUGGACAUUACUCUGGGCCCAAAGCAAACCCUCGGCCGAACAAUCGAGAAUGUCGUGCUUGAAAUUCCAAUGCCCAAGAGCGUCCUCAACUGUGGCCUGGUCACAAAUCAGGGCAAAUACACGUUUGACCCUGUGAGCAAGCUGCUUGUCUGGGAAGUAGGUCGUAUUGACGUGACAAAGCUGCCAAACAUCAGAGGAACGAUUUCCUUGCAAAGUGGUUCUCCACCUGUGGAAGCAAACCCAUCGAUAAAUGUCAAGUUCACGAUUAACCAACUAGCUGUUUCCGGCUUGAAAGUGAACCGUCUGGACAUGUAUGGAGAGAAGUAUAAACCCUUCAAAGGCGUCAAGUACAUUACCAAGGCUGGGAAAUUCCAAGUGCGAAUGUAAAACUUUAUUUACUGUUUCAUAAUAUUCGGAUCUGAUUUUCUAUUUAUUUUCUGUUGGGAAAAGCAAAAUAUAACAUUUAACAUUAAA